CUCUGGAAGCAUCGACAACGGAUUUAUUUUUGCGCUUCCUUCUUCUGUUCCUCCUCCUCCUCUUCCGUGUCCUUCCUCCUCCAUCCUCCCGUUAUUGUCAGGUCUACGCUAGAUGUGACGCGAUUCGGGAAAUCACCUGUGUUUGUUCUCUCUUCUUCACGGCAUUUCUCAUCGCCUUUUAAGUGACAGCCGUGUUGCCACGUGUCGCGCCCACGAAGUCACCACCGUCCUUCAGAAUCUUCUUCAUCACCGGUAGAGGAACUUUCUACUGUGGAAAAGGGGAGUGAAGCUAGAGAAGAAGAAGAUGAAGCCGUCUGUCUUCUUUUACCUCUUUACUAUUGCUAUGGCAGUGACAGUGAUGACGCUUACUCAGGCCGCACCAGUUGACCAUUGCUACAAUGAUCGGGAUUGCGAAGAUGGAGAUAAGUGCAAUCGACAAGGCCAAUGUAAGUUCUAUUGCAAGCCACCGAGAUGUCAAUUCGAACGACUAUGCUCCUUCCAUUCAGACUGCAGACGGAAUUUUAGUCCCUCACACAUGUGCUGUAAUGGGAUGUGCAUCAGAACAAAGUGCUGCACUCACAAGGAUUGCACUGCUCCAAAAGGUAUCUGCUGCAUUGGGGAAUGCAGGGUGGCCUGUUGCACAGAUAGAGAUUGCCAUGGAUACAGAGGGCCACCCGGGUGCAGGAACAGGACUUGUGAAAGGUCGUGAGCCGGACACUCCCACAUGAUAAUCAAGGUAUCUAUUUUGUCAUUCACGAUGCGGACAUAAUUUUCAAUUUUGUUGCCUGUCUGCUUCUGAUCAGCAAUACACAUGGUUUUCCUCUUUUUCAUUUUUGGGAACAACUGCCCCAGUGCCCUAGAUCUUCAUCAUUAUCAUCAUCAUCAUCAUCGUCAUCAUCAUCAUCAUCAGUAUGGAGGCUGGUGUGCUUUUCAACCAGAGCUUCCUUUGGGCCCAGCGGAGUGGGUAUGGCUAUCAUGCAUCAUCAUCAUCAUCAUUUCAGCAGCAGUAUUACUGACAUCACCAUCAUCAUUAUGAGCAUCUUCAUUGGUGCGUCAUCAUCAUCAUCAUCAUCAUCAUCAUCAUCAGCAGCAGCAGCAGCAGCAGCAGCAGCAGCAGCAUUACCGCACCAUCAUCAUUAUGAGCGUCUUCAUUGGUGCGUCAUCAUCCUCAUCAUCCUCAUCCUCAUCCUCAUCAGCAUCAGCAUCAGCAUCAGCAUCAGCAUCAGCAUUACUGACAUCAUCAUCAUCAUCAUCAUCAUCAUCAUCAUCAUCAUCAUCAGCAGCAGCAGCAGCAGCAUCAGCGUCAUUAUCGACAUCAUCAACAUUAUUAUCAUCAUUAUGAUGAUUGUUAUCAUCAUUAUUAGUUUGUUAUCAUUAGAGUUUGCUCUUCAAGGCAUCGUUCGCCUUUCGCAUCAGCAGGUGAGUGGGUCGUCAUCAUCAUCCUCAUUAUCAUUAUCUUCAGGGUGCUGCCCAAGCGAAUGACAUUUUGGUGAGGGGGAGGGGGAGAGCCCAGCCCCGCAGGGGUUUCAUUAGGUGGGUGGUGAAACCCUGGAGGGGGUACGGGCAGAUUAUGAGGAAUACUCUUUUCUGGGGCUGGGCAUUAAAUCCCAGCGGGGGCAGAUUAGGGUAAGGGGAUGGAUAGGGGAAUGGAGAGAAUGGAGGAAGGAAGGGAGAGGGGGGAUUUUUUCUGAAUCAUCUCAUCAUCAUCAUCAUCAUCAUCAUCAUCAUCAUCAUCAUCAUCCUCCAUGUUAUAUCAUGCUUUCUGGUGUGCUUUAUAUCUGGCCUGCUUCCUUAAUCGGGAUACAGGAUUUUAGAGAUGGUCGAAUCUGGACCGAUAUCUACAGAGUUGCGUUGUCUUUGCCCCUAGUUUGGCGAUGCCAGAACGACGCUGGCCGGAGCUGGUGCGUUGCCCUGUAACCUGCAAUUGGCAGGAGUGUGAGGCUUUGUAGAGAGAUCUGGGGAUUUGCCGAGGGAGGAAGGCAAUCCACUGGCGAACCGGGGGGGUUGCCUUGACUCCCUAUGGGCCUAGGGAUAGUCUAGGUGGCGUCAACAGGUCAGCUAUGGUAGACAUUGGUUAGGAGGGUAUUGUCUCUGAGAUGUAAUGUCCUGGUGCAGGGAGGGUUGGGAGGGUUCGAAGAUUAGGAGGCUAGAAGUGCUGUUAUAACAUAGUCUUCUAUAUUUUCUAUAUACUAAUCAUCGUAUUCAUCAUCAUCAUAUUCAUCAUCAUCAUCAUCAUCAUAUUCAUCAUCAUCACCAUCAUCAUUAUCAUCAUCAUCACAUCAUUAUAUCAUCAUUUGAUUAUUGUUAUAUUAAGCUUUUUGGUGUUCUGAAAUUUUGGCAGCAUCUAGCAUUAUUCCACAUUCGGGAUAUAGGACUUCAGAGAUGGUUGAACCUUGGACUGAUAUCUACUGUGUUGCUCUGUUCUGUCCCCUUGGUUUGCCGAUGCCAGAACGACGCUAGCCGGAGCUGGGGCGUUGCCCUGUAACCUGUAAAUGGCAGGAGUGUGAGGCCUUGUAGAGAGAUCUGGGGUUUGCUGAGGGUGGAAGGCAUUCCAGUGGUGAACCGGGGGGGGCUGCAAGGAGGCGAGGAGAGAUCAGCUAUGGUUGAUGUUGGUUAGGUUGGUUUUGUCUCUGAGGCACAGUGUCCUGGUACAGGGAGGGGUAGGAGUUGUACUAAGAUUAGGAGGCCAGAGUAGCUGAUAUAGCAUAAUCUUCUAUAUUUUUUUCAUGUAUUUGAAUCAUUAUUCUCAUUAGCAUCAUUAUCUAUGGUAUCAUCAGUAUCAUCAUGGUCAUCAUCAUAACCAUUUGAGGGACGCUGAGCCCGGUUCU